UCCUGGGACAUUGUAAGGCCAAGAAACAUGAGAGCGUUCAUUUAGCUGACUCCUGACCUUUUGUGUAACCCAUUUAAUUACCUGGCUGUCUCUCAUCUCAUCUCUGUUCUUCGUAUUUUGUUUUUAUUCUCAUCAAACGAGAAAAAUUUAGGACAAAAAAGCAGAGUUAAUAAAGGAAGAAAAGAACUGGUAAUUGUCUCAUCUUCCUCUUGUCUUUGCUCUCUGCACAAUAUCAACCACACGUGUAUAUAUACCAUGAAGACUCAGCUUUGACCCUCCAAACAAAACAACUGCUUAAUUACAAAGAGUCAGUGCUCUGCUCUGUUGUCCCCCAAAAAAUCUCGCUUCUGCCAUGAAAAAGCUCAGAGGUUUCAGGCUCGGCGGCAGGCUUGUAAGAGUCUUCAAAUGCAUAAUCCGAUCCAGGAGGAGAAAACCCACCACCGCCCGUCCAAUAGCUGGUGGCUCCCUCAAUCCCAUCUCCAGAAUCUUGGCCUUAGCUCGUAACUUACGACGGAGGACUUCUCAGAGAUCAAAUCGGGGAUAUAUCAGACUGGGUGAGGCGAAACCGGUGGAGGUGCCCAAGGGACACUUGGUGGUGUACGUGGGAGAAUCAAAUGGUGACACGCGGAGGGAAGUGGUGCCUGUAAUAUACAUAAAUCACCCGUUGUUUGGAGAGCUGUUGAAGGAUACGGAGCGGGUAUACGGGUACAAUCAUUCGGGUGGAAUAAAGAUACCGUGUGGGUAUUCGGAGUUUGAGAAGGUGAAGAUGAGGAUUGCAUCAUGGGGUAACUGCCAUAACGCUACCUGGAAGCAACGCAAGUAUUGAUGUGGCGACAAAUUUCAAUUUUUUUUUUUUACUUUCUUUUUUUAUAUAACUUAUAAUCAAUACUUAUAAGAGUACAAGUUUCCUUUUUCUUUUCAACUUUGUUUCUGAAAAUCAGUUCGAUGCUCGCCAAUUCUAGGCAUUAAUCUCAUAAGAAAAUUACUAUGAA